UUUCAGCGAUUUUUCUAGAGACAGAAACGACUGGAAAGGCUACCACCCGGGAAAAAGGGCAAAUUAAGCAAGCCACCUCAGGUCAUUGUUGUAAUUUAGGUUACCAAACAUGUCUUCUGUAUGCCUAUAUAAGAGGUCCAAACAUCUUAACAUUCCUAUACCAAGUCUCCAAUAAUAACCCGCUCUGCAGAUUUUAGAGAGAAAUUUGAUUCUUUACCUCUCUAAAGGGUCUAGCUUUAGCCUUCAAUAUAUAGAGAGAGAGUGAGAGAGGGAGGGAGACAUUUUUAAUCAUGGGUGGUGGGAAGAGAUUUGCUGUGCUUCUGUGCGCUGAGGAUUCUGAUUAUCUUAAAAAGACGUAUGGAGGGUAUUUUGGGGUACUUGUGGGGAUGCUGGCGGAGGAAGGGGAGACUUGGGAUGUUUUCAAGGUGGCCAGUGGUGAGUUCCCUGAUGAUGAAGAGAUUAGCGACUUUGAUGGCUUUGUUAUAAGUGGGAGUACCAGUGAUGCACAUAGCAAUGACGCUUGGAUCUGUAGGUUGAUUGCUCUUUUGAACAAGUUGGAUUCUUUGAAGAAAAAAGUUCUUGGGAUUUGCUUUGGUCACCAGAUUAUUAGUCGUGCACUGGGAGGAAAGACAGGGCGUGCCAUCUCAGGUUGGAACAUUGGAUUGACAGCCGUUCAUUUGUCAUCAUCCUCAUCGAAGCUCUUCUCAUCUCUGAAAAUCCCAACCACUCUUUCUUUGAUCGAGUGCCACCAAGAUGAGGUUCAAGAACUUCCACCAAAAGCAGAGUUGAUCGCAUGGUCAGAGAAGACUGGGGUUGAGAUGUUCAUAUAUGGGGAUCAUAUGAUGGGCAUCCAAGGCCACCCCGAGUUCAACAAAGACCUUCUGCUUCAUCUGAUCGACCAUCUCAUGCAGUGCAGUUUUCUUGCGGAAUCAUAUGCUGAUGAGUUGAAGGCAAACCUGGGGAAAGUGAAGCCUGAUAAGGAUGCAUGGAAGAAACUGUGCACCAGCUUCCUCAAGGGUAGGCUAUGAUGUUUCAGAAGUUUUGGAAAAUG